GAUGAGCAAGGAUUAAUGCAGGUUGGCAGUGAAUUUGGAUAUUUUCCAAAGGAUUUACUUGAAAUAAAUUAUACUUAUAAUACCAGUGAUGAGCUAGAACUACCAACAGAUGAAACUGAUUUUGUUUGUUUUGAUGGAGGAAAAGAUGAUUUUGAUAACUAUAAUGUGGAUGAGCUUUUAAAAUCUUCAGAAGAAACUGUGGUGAACACGGGCAAAGCUGAAUUAAAUGCUCCAGGGACAGAAGUUGUUGAAGAAACCAAAGAGGAGGAGGAGACAGAAGGGUCUGAUACUGUAAAGCCCCUUGAUGUUUCUGAGACUGAUGUUCCUGAGCCAGGUCCAGAAGAAAACAAGAAAGUCCUCACCAAAACAGAAGAAAAAGGCAGUUUUCUUUCUGAAAAUAAUGAGAAUGUACAGGGACUCUUCAAAUCUGAGAGGGAUGACCUCAACAUAUAUAGCCAUGAAAAAAAGUCUCAGGGAGAACAAACUGCACAUCCUCACUCAGAAGGAAUGCUACAAGAAAAAUUAAAAGUGCUAGAAAGUGAAAAUGCCAAAUAUUCUAAUAAUCCUCAGGGUACAGCCAAAGAAUCAGAUAAGGAGAGUGAAGAGAUUGAUGCCUAUACACUUUUAAACAGAGAACUAUCUAUGGACUUGAAAACAAAAUUUGGCUCAACUGCAGAUGCCCUUGUGUCUGAUGAUGAGAUGACUAGCCUUGUGACAUCACAGGAGGAUGAUUUUAAUGAAGAUUUGAAUACUGAUUCUCAUUACGCAGAGUUGCUGGAAGAUCUUAAGGAGCAAUCUGAAGAAAUUCCUUUGCUGUCAUUUACAAAAGAAGAAACUCCAGAGGACUCAGAAGCCGAAAAGCAUUCAGCUGAUAAAUAUGCUGACCAUGAGUCAGAAAAGAAUAAACCCUAUGAAACAAUUGAGGAUGCCGCAGAGUUAAUUACCCAAAGAAAUAAUGAGAAAAAAGACUAUUUGGGUUUGUUAACAACUGUAGAGGACACUGUCUUUCCAACUCACAGAGGGGGUGCAAGAACAAAUGAUGACACAGAUGUGGGCAAGUCUGAUUCAUUGGAAGAAAAGGAGGAAGAGGAUGAGGCGAUCCCAGUUAGUAAGGAGGAUAAAACAGCAGCAACAGUUCAGCUUGAAGAUCUAAUAGAAGAAGACCUUCUCAUAAAGGAAAAACAUGUUGUAGAUGGCCAAGAUCCAAAGGAAAAAACAAACAAAACUAAACAUUAUGAGGAAGAGUUCAUGGAUGAUAAGACAGAAUCAUUUACUGAAGAACUGCACAGCACCUCUGUGCAUGAGCCUAGCGCUAUUCCUAGCCUGGAGUCUAAACUAUCCAUUGAAGAAAAGCAAGAAGCUUUAAAACCACCUGUAGGCAACAUCAACGAUGACCCAGAAGGAAUUACUCUUCAUAAAAUAUUGAACGAUAAAGAAAAGGCAGAGGAGGAGAUUUUGGAGGACAGCUUGGAAAAUGAUACAAAACCCAAAACAUUAUGGAAGAAAAUAAAGGGAAAAAAAACAUCUGGGGACCAGCAAUCCAUUAAUUUCCUACCAGAACCACUGGAGGAGCAAAAAAGUGCAUCCCAAAGUGACCUGGGGGAUAUUGACUUCUUAGAAGGCAAAAGAGAGCAUGAAACAUCUGCUACAGAGAAACAAGAUAUUCAACAAGAUGGAGAGGAUUUUGAACAAACAAGGGUGCCUGAGAAUGAGAAUCAAACAAAUGUUGCUAUUAAGGAAGAAACUGAAAUACUAAGGGGAAAAAAGGAAGAAGACCUGAACAAUAAGCAUACAAGUAAAACAGCUGUUGAGCAAUCUAAGCAACAAGAAAACAAGACCAGGUAUUCGGAGGAAGAUGCAGAACAAGAGCUUUCCAGAAACACAGGCAAGAAGAUACUAGAAAAAAGUAUUAGUGAAAUAGCAACUGAAGAAAUAUCCACAGACACUACACAGGAUGUUGACACAGAGAGGAUGAGCCAACAAGACACUGCUCAUAGUGGGGAUGAAAAUAAAGACAAAGCUCUUGGAACCAAUAUAGUUGGAGAAAAAACAGUAAAACCAGAACUUCAGUCUGAAGAGCUGGAAGCUGAAGAUGAUGAUGACCUCCUAAGUCAAGCAGAGGAAGAACUAUUAGAAGAUGACAAUGCUGCAAGUGCAAAAUUGUCAAAAGAGAGGCUUGCAAAUAGACAGGGUAAUAAAUUAGAUGGAGAAAGUACAAACCCAGAAUUGGAAAUACCAGAUGGAGCUAUUUCAGGAACUGCUAAUCCUGUUUAUGAGAUGGAUGAAACAGGAGAGGAAGCAAACACAACAUUUAAGCAUGCCAGAGAGAACAGCAUGCAAGAUUUGAGUGAGACCAAGAAUGAAGAGGAGGAUAUACAAUUCAGUGGAGCUAAACUGAAUGAGAUGGAAGAAGAUGAGGAGCCUCGAGAAACAGAAGAAACAUUAGUAGCACCUGAAGUGGAAGAAGAGGAUGAAAGUACUUUGCCAAAUGACAAGUCUCUUGAAACAGUGGACAGCAAAAAUGACUUUAAUCAAACAGAAGAUCCUCUCCUAGAGGAUCUUGUGCAGAAAGACCUAAAAGAUAUUCAGAACGUAAUAGAGCAGACAGGGCCUGCUGAUACUUCUGUAACCACAAAUGAAGCUGUGGAGCCAGAAUACGGAGAGGCUGUGAAGCAGCUCACUAUAAUAAAAGAAUUUCUUGAUGAAAAGCGAGUGACACGUUUACAAAAGUACCUUGGGCCCCAGCACAUUGUCAGGGUAGAAGCCAUGUUUCACAACAUGAAGUUGAAGCUGGAUCUUGCUCAAAAGGGUAAUCAUGAUUAUGAGGAUAUUGAACAAGCUUUGGACCAGAUCCUUACAUUUUCAGAAUCUAGGAUAAUGGAUAUUGUGGAACAUGUUUUAGAUGCAAGGCAAGCAGAAAAUAAAGAAGAGGUGGUGAAAGAAAUAGAUUUGUGGGAUGAAGAAGCUGCACUGAUGGAUGAUGUUCAGGAAUUAAUAUAUUCGUUAAGGAACAAAUACUCAUCUGUUAGUGAGAGUGAACCUCUUGUGUCCAUUCCAGAACAUGAGAAGGAUUAUAGCAUGCAUGGUACAGAUACUGUAAAAGAAACUGAAUAUGACAGCCAUCUUGUGGGAAGCCCAAGUUCAGCUGAAGAAAUUGGUCAGAAGUUCCCACAAGUUGAAGAUGAGAGGCCAGUACAGCAUACUGAAGAGGAGGAGGAGGCUCUUAAACUGAGGGAGCCUGAUCCAGAUAUGAAUAUUUUGGAACAGGUGGGGCUCCUGGAUAAAAAGGAAACCCAGGAAGUCCUUGAUACUGAGAAGGGAUUGCCACUGGCGGAUACGUCCCUUGGGUCAAUUCAAAGUAACAGAGAAGAUUUGGCUGCAGGUAUAGUUACUACUGUGGAUGAUACUGCAAAGAUUGAAAGUCCUCACUUAGAAGCAGAUCCUGCUGUACCGCAUAUAACUCUCAAUGAUGUGGCUGUUUUAGCUAAAGAAAACAUGCAACCAUUCACAGAUAUUUUGGUUGCCACACUGCCUGAGGACAUUCGGCCUGGGCCUGACUUCCAUGGACUUCCAUGGGAGCCCAUCAUUAUCACUGCCUUGGUGGGAAUUGCUACUCUAGGUAUACUGUUCUGGAGAACCUGCCUUUCAGUAAAGAGUAGAAUGUAUCAAGUGACUGAAAAGCAACUUGCUGAAAAGAUUAAAAAUCUCCUACAAGAAAAAACAGAAAUCUUAGAGAAGAUGUCAGAAUAUGACCAAAAGAUUAAGGAAGCCAAGGAAUCUGUGAAGGUGGCCCAGAAACAGAACACUAGUCUCUCAGAUGAAGCUGCAGGACUUAAGGAUGUUAUCAAGGGGCUGGAAGAAACAAACCAUCUCCUAGAUGACAGAUUGAGAAACCUGCACACAAUGCUAGAAACUGAGAGACAGCAGAAUGUGAAGAAAGAAGACCAAAUAUUUGAAAUGAAGAAGUCUUUGGAGAAACUCCAAGAAGUUAUCAUGCUGCAUUCUGUAGAGCUUUCGGAGGUUCAAAUAGUCCUCAAUGAAGCUAAACUAAGUGAAGAAAAAGUGAAGUCUGAGCUUCGUCAUGUACAGGAAGAGAAUGCUAGACUCAAAAAGAGAAAGGAGCAACUGCUACAAGAAGCAGAAGGCUGGAGUGAGAGACACACUGAGCUCAGUGAACAGAUCAAACUGUAUCAGAAGUCUCAGAAGGACAUAGAAGAAGCACUCGCCUACAAGGAAAAUGAAAUCGAAGUUUUGACUAACUGCAUUAUGCAGCUAAAGCAACUUGAUACAGAUUCUGAGGGCAAGAAGGAUGGAGAAGGAAAUGGAUGGGACACAGGAGACGAUCUGGCCAAUGGAGAACUACCAGAUAACCGGAGUGAGAAGAUGAAGAAUCAGAUUAAGCAGAUGAUGGAUGUCUCAAGGGUAAAAACAACAUUAUCUAUAGUUGAAGAAGAUAGAGAUCUUUUGCAGUCCAAACUGAGUGAUGAAAUAGCAGCAAGGCAUGAGCUAGAAGAGCAAAUAAAAAAGCUGGAACAUGAUUCCUGUUCUCUACAGACAGCCAAAGCUCGAUUUGAAAAUGAAUGUAAAACUCUGCAACAGAAGGUGGAAAUUCUCAAUGAGCUCUAUCAGCAGAAGGAGAUGGCACUUCAAAAGAAGCUGACCCAGGAGGAGUACGAGCGUCAAGAGAAGGAGCAGAAAUUGUCUGCUGCAGAUGAAAAAGCAGUGUUGGCUGUCGAGGAAGUGAAAGUUUACAAGCAAAGAAUUCUGGAAAUGGAGGAAGAACUGAAAAAAACAGAGAGAUCUUAUAAAAACCAGAUUGCUGGUCAUGAGAAGAAGGCCCAUGACAAUUGGCUCAUUGCCCGCUCUGCGGAGAGAGCUCUGGCUGAAGAAAAGAGAGAAGCUGCCAACCUGAGGCAAAAAUUAAUAGAAGUGAACCAAAAACUUGCAAUGCUUCAAAGACCAUUAAUUGUAAAACCGACUGCAGGCAGACCUGACCGCCAAGUGCCAGCACGGAGAGGUCCACUGAGCCGUGAUGGCUCUUUUGGGCCAUCACCUGUGAGUGGAGGAGGUCCUUCCCCGCCACUGAUGAUGGAAGCUCCUGGUCAGCCCCUCUCUGCCACACGAAGGGAAGGUUCAAGAAGUGAAUUUGUGGAUGGCCCUUCAGCUCCAAGGAGGCCACCUGAGCUGUCUGGAAGAUCAUCUGUCCCAGAUCUCGGCCCUGCUAUAGCAGCCCUGGUCAAUAGUGGGCCAAGAACCUCCUCACCUUCCACAUCCAUGGAUGGAGUGGUAAGACGAAAACUUUUCUUCUGCCACAAGAACACUUCAGGCACCAUUUCUUGUGACCCACUGUACCUGCCACUUCUCUUCUUAAUUGUGUAUCAUGUUCUAUCUUCUCUGUAUCCCCUGUCUGUCAUUUACUUCCAAAAACAAAAGCAAAACCCUCCCAAAGACUCUGAAGCCCCCUGUGUAUCUACUGUUCCACCUUCAUCUUCUGAAGCAGCAGCAGUGAACCUAGGUCCUAAAGGUCUCCCAUCUUUUCCUGGGACACCCAUAAUGACCUCUCCAGUGACCGGACCUCCGCCGCCACCAGUUCGAUUUGGAGCACUGCCACCUCCACUGCGUGGGCACUAUGGGUCUCGGCCCCUUCCUCUACCCUUAGUUCGUGGUCCGCCACCACCACCUCCAGCUGCAAGAGACUAUUUACCUGGCCCACCAUUAGGAAUGAGACCCCUGCCUCCUGGCCCAUUACCGCCUCCUGAUCCAAGAGGAUAUGUACGUUUCCCUCCUCCUUUUCGACCUGGAGGCCCUCCUGGCCCACGGCUACCCCUACAAGGUUUAAGGGACUAUCCCCCUCCUCCAAGUAGAGACUUGCCUCCACCAGGAUCUAGAGACUACCCACCAGCCUCUCCUUGUCCACCAUCACCAGCAGGCCCUAGGGACUACACACACCCUCCAGAACAAAAACCGUAACUUCAACUGUUGGAUGGCAGCUCUGUGGACUGGACUCUAGCACAUUUCAUGCAGUUAGGACUUUAAAUGGCUUCAAAAGACAACCAUCUUUUAAUUUUAUUCUUAGAUUUGGUUUCAGAAUAUUAGUUUUUGCAGAAUUACAUUUCCCUCAAAUUU